AUGACUGCGAGUGUUACGAGGAGUCGCACUCGGGGUGGUGCCAGUGGUGCCACCGGUGCUGUGUCGGCGUCGUUCUCUUCGACGGCGAAUGCGGUGAAGGAGGCUGAAGCUAUUGCAGAAGGCCGGACACCCACCUGCCAUGCCCCCUCCGACGCCGGCCUCGCCCUCUUCAAGGCGCUCCCACCCAACCACACCUCCUUCUCUUCCUACCUAGUCUACGGCUUCCCCGUGAACAGGGUCCUCAUCCAAAGUGUCGUGGGGCAACUCGGAGGUGCAGUCGACCCCCACGCCGGCAUGAUAACGCUCACCACCGACCUCGCGUUGUACCUCGAGGCCCGCAUAGGCUACGAAGCCGCGAGCUUCGCGUACUACGUCGCCAAAGCCGACGAGCAAGCCAAGAACGACGGUAUCGCUGUGGACAUCGAAGGAAAGCCCCACCGCGCAGUGGAGCUGCUGGCCGUCGCAACGACCGCUUCGGACAAGUCGUACCGCCAACGGCCAACCGUAAAGCAAUGGAAGUUAUUGGAAGAAUACUUGGGUGAUAGUGCGAGGUGGUUUGAGGGUAUGGAGCCCAAGGAAGAGUUCCCAGACUACCUGCUUGAGAAUGUGUACAAAUCUGUGUAUCUAAAGAACCGAUGGAAGGAUACGUAG